CGUUAAUCCUCUGUAUGUAAACAAACGGUUGGCUCAUUCAGGCCCUGAUUCUCCUUCCACUACUGCGUUCUUCAGAAACGCAAAUGAAAGUUAAGAAGACAUAGGCCUUUUCACCAAAGUUCGAAAGGAGAGAAAUGAGAUGAUAGUAGGAUGGCGUCUGCAGACGUCAUCCGCGAAGCUGCUCUUUAUUUAGAGUACUUUCUGCAAGGGAUGUCAGAAUGUAAUGUUAUUGGCAGUUACACUGUGCAAUUCCUGGAAAUGAAAGGGUUCACUGAACGAAUCCAAACAUCUUUAGCUACUAAUCUAGUUCAGCUUAUAACAAACAUGAGGAAUCUGGUAGUGAAACUAGAUGAAUCACUUCUACCAGUCUGUGAUGUAGAGGUCCAAACAGAAAUGGUUUCUCAAUGUUCAAUUUGUAAUUGUCCUGGGCUGUUGUCUGACCACCUUAAGACAGUUCCUUUACUAGGGAAAGAUAAACAUGUUGAUUCUCAAGAGAAGUCAUGUGAGGCAGCAGAACUUUCACAUUUUCUGAGUCCAACACCUCUGCUUCAUUUAAAGCAAGAAAUUCCUUGUGUCUCAGAUUCUGUAAGUGCAGGAUCAUCACAGUGUGAUCAGGAUGACAUGGAUGUGAAUAAUAUUUCUCUCAAAGAUAUAGAUUCUAAAGAGAUUGCAAAGAUGCAAGAUCCAAGAAUAGGGACUGAUUCUCAAUUAGACAAAUGUGUCCUGGCAACUCCACUACAGACAGCUUUAGAUGAAAAUAUGGACCUUGACUAUGCAAACUCUACUCAACUUGAAGAAGGCCAAGGCGAGAUUCUCUUGGAUCAUUUGGAAGGUUCAGAUGCCACACAUUCAGAUGGUCUGAUGUACUCUGUGUAUACCAUGAAUUCCUGUGGAGCACUCCAGUUAGUCAGUCGAGUUCUUAGCAAAAAUGCCUCUUCAAAAGAUUCUGUAGAAGAACCCGUAGAGCGAGCUAUGAUUGAGAUCAACAACACAAAAGAGGAAGACCACAGAUCCCCUGACCACCUGGAGUCCCUCACGCUGCAGGAGCAGGAGCAAGGCAACCAGGUCCACAUUGCAAAUGCCAGUCAAGAGGAAAUGGUAGUGGCUCCAGACAUCCCCAGUUUUGAAGGGAGGCCCUUACUGAAAUCUUCAUUGAAGUCUUUGAAUACUCCAAAAAUUCUUCAGGCAAAGACUCCAGCACAUGGCAGUGCUGGAGGUACAAUCCUCACAGAUAUUGUAAAGCUUGGACCAGAGGAUCUCAGUACAAGCACAUGGUGUGGGAUAUGUGAGAAGGAAUUCCCGUCUGCAGGAAGCCUAAAAGUUCACCUCUCACGUAUACACAGCCAGGUCAAGUGGUGUCAUACCUGCACAAAGACAAUCAGUUCUGAAGAGGAGAUGUGUGACCAUGUCCGUGAAUGCCAUGCAGAUUUACAGUUUGUUUGUGGUAUCUGUGGCCAAAGUUUAAGAACAAAUGCAGCAUUUCAGAGACAUAUGGACAUUCACAAAGGCUUACGUGGAAGUGCUUGUGAGAUUUGCGGUCAAACAUUUUCAAGAACAGAAUAUUGUAGAGAACACAAAAGAAUUCAUACAGGAGAAAAACCUUACAAAUGUGAAACUUGCAAGAAAAGUUUUAGUAGAUCCAGCAACUUGUAUACUCAUAUGAGAACACACAACACAGAAGCCCAGCGUCAUAUAUGUAAUGUAUGCUUUAAGUCAUUUGCUCGUGCAGAUAAACUAAAAGAUCACAUGAUCAGGCACUUACAGAUCAAGAGAUAUGCCUGUCGUUUAUGUCCCAAAGCUUAUAAUGAAAAACGGGAUCUGACAAAACACUUGGAAAAAGUACAUUCAAGUAAUGACAAUUUAGAUACAUGAUAGAGAAAGUAAUAGGUUUGUUAUGAUGAAUUAUUUCCAUUGUAAAAGAUUUUCCAUUAAGGAAAGUUCCAUACUAUACCAGGAUAUUUCUGGUGUGAUUUUGGUAUAGAUAAUAUAUAAAUCUCAGGUAAAUUUAUUAAUUCUACUGGUGUUGCUGGGUAGUGAUAGUGAAAGAAAUGUUUCUUAAAAAUAU